UAAAAUACUGAGAAAGCUCGAGAAACUGCGAACCGAACCCUAGCCCGCCCUCAGAUCUUGAACACAGACCUCAUUCCGACGCCAUGGCCAGCUUUGACGAAGCUCCUCCCGGCAAUCCCAAAGCCGGAGAGAAGAUCUUCAAGACCAAAUGCGCUCAGUGCCACACCGUCGACAAAGGAGCUGGUCACAAACAAGGUCCUAAUUUGAAUGGGCUAUUUGGACGACAAUCGGGUACAACUCCUGGAUACUCAUAUUCUGCUGCCAACAAGAAUAUGGCCGUGAUUUGGGAAGAAAAGACGUUGUAUGACUACUUGCUUAACCCUAAGAAGUAUAUUCCUGGAACGAAGAUGGUUUUCCCGGGGCUGAAGAAACCGAAUGAACGUGCCGACCUUAUUGCGUACCUGAAGGAAUCAACUGCGCUUAGUGAGUGAUAUUCUGCUUCUACCAAUCUAGAAAUUUUUUUGUCUUUAAAUAAGAAACAUACAUUGAUGAGGAGUAUUAGAUGAAAAUUGGAGAUGCCAUACAAACAAAGUAAUUCUGUGUUACUCAGACUUGUCUUGUGAAACCACAAGACUUCCUUUUUCUUCAUUGUAUUCUUAUUCUUCACGCUGCACUUGAUAUGAUGAUUUGCAGAGUUCAUCCCAUUAGUAGGUUGUUUGUGUGAACUUAUCUGCCACAAUUUUUUGGCCAAGCCGGUUAUGGCGAUUUAUUUUGAUAAUAAAAUCAUACUUGUUAGGGCCUACUCA